AAAGAUCAACAUUGUUUUCAAAUAAAUUUUCUUAAAUCAAAAUAUUAUCUUGAAUAAACUAAAACUACUACAAAAAUGGAUUAAUUACCGAUUACCGAUACCGAGGAACUUAUGGGAUGUGGAAACCUCAAUGCCAUAAAUUAGAAGCAAGUGAAGUUUAUUAUUGUCAUUUUUAAUACUGUCCAGUUACUGUAGAUUAUUGAACAGCGCUUGUCUUGUGCAGUACAGCAGGUACUAUAAAAGUUAUUACUUCAAAUUUAUUGCAGGAGUCUUGUGAAAAUCUAAGUUAAAGUGUAAGUAAGGUAAAAAAUGAUUGAAUUAACUGCGUCUUCUUUGGGGCAGCGGCAAAGGCAGCUUAAUUUCAAAGUGGCUGAGACUGUGAAGGAGAAAAUAUCUUUCGAUGAUAUUAAGUCGACGGAAGAGAAGUCAGACGUGGAGAAGCUUUUUAAAAUUGACGUUGCAUCACAAUAUAGAAAUAUUGAUUAUAUUAUAGAAAUACUGAAAUGCGGCGAUAGUUUAUUGAUUUCGCGAGCACUUAAUUGUGAUUGGAUUUUCAAUGACGAAUAUUCACACUUUAUGAAUCCAGACUAUCUUCAUAAUGAAGUCUUUCCCCUGAUGUCUAUUAAAAUGAAAACUAAAAUACUGAACAAACUUGCGUAUCACCUGAGGAAAGAAACAAGAACUGAAGCAUUUUCAAAUUAUUGCAAAAAUAUAAAGAUGAAAUCGCUAGCGUUAAAAUUCUUCUUAUUUACAUCGGAAGCCUUUAAACUUAACUUAAUUAAGGAAGAUUGCAAUUACUUAAGCAAACACGGGUAUCCACCGUUGUUUAUUGGAAAUUCAUUUCCUCUCGCUGAAGGAUAUCUUACCACAGAACAUUACAUUUUCCAGAAAGAACGUUUUAUAGAUAAGCUUGCAUAUCUGUACCAUGUGGACGAGAAUAAAUAUUUGGAUUUAUUAGAAAAAUAUGUUAUGCCAGAACAUGCAUUUGUCCCGAUGGGAUGCCGCCUCUCGAAAUAUAUGAUGACAAAACAUAAACAUCGCGUGCUAAGAUUACCCUUAAUGUAUGUGAAUAAAAUUAAAAGAAAUAUAUUACUUCGUUAUUCUACAACCGAAGACGUAAAGAUAUAUAUACCUGCCCUCUUGCCAACUUUAAAAAGAUUUUGGGAAUACAAUUUCUACGCACAUAAUAAAUACCUUUUUAAUUUUAUUCCUUCUGAUAAGACAUACAAAUUCCUAAAGUCAAUAUUUCAAAUGACAUAUGGUGAUGUACCAUUCGAAAUGAAUUAUAAAUUUUACUAUCACGAAUACCACGAUUUCCUAACACAAGAAGAAAAGGAACAGUGGGCCCUCAAGCAUAUAGAAGACGCCAAAGAGAUAUUGGGAACAAAUAAUGAUUAUAUUUGGUAUAAAUUUGUGAACUUUACACAAGCUUUCCCAAACAUUAAAAAAUAUAUUCUUAUUACACCCGAUACUGACAUAAGGAAUAAAAUGAUUAUGGUCUUAAUAGAUUCAAUAAGGACCAAAGAAGAUUUAGAGACUUUAAUAAACUAUUAUUAUAAGAGACAUAAUAAUGAAAAUGUUAAUUACAAAAGAGCGUUUUUGAGGAGUAUAAUAAAAACUGGUUUUAUAUAUCAAUGCGAUGAACCUACUUGGGGUGUAUUCAAUAAAAUACUAUGUAGUAUUGAAACAAUUGACCCUGGUUAUACGCUAUGUCAUUCAUACAAGUUUUAUUUUGCUAUACAUAAUAUAAUUCGUGGUAUUGAAAUGGAUUCCACUUUAAUGGACUAUAUUGAUAAAAGUAUGGAUAUGAACUGUUUAAAAAGAAAUUUAGACGAUCUGAAAACCGACGAACAGAGAUCUGUCUAUGAAUAUUUAUUUGAUUAUUACUUUAAAAAAUUCAAAUAUUCCAUUCAAUGGGAUCACGAUGAAACGCGGAGAAACAGAAAUAAAUAUGCGCUCUACUUGAAGAAUCUUCUUAAAUGUUUCGACAAAACAAAGGAAAAUCUGCCAAAAGAAGCUCUUUCGUUUAUGAAUUCUACAUACUGUCAUUUUCAGUACGACGAUUUCUUGAAAGAUAAAAAAGAUGAACACCAGCAAUCUCAAAAGAAAUCUGAAAAAGAUCCAGAGUCUCCAUAUCGUUUAGAGACAUUAACAGAAAAUUGUCUAUUGCGAUUAUUGAAAAAAGAUGAAGAAAUAAAAACAAUUGUUGAAUUGCGACCUGAAAUAAAGUCUUGCAUUGAACAAAGGACUUUUAGUAUAAGGAAGUUCCUAAAGAAGUUAAAGAUUUAUUAUUCCAAAGAUCUGGGCAAUCUAUUUCUAGAAUUUUUCGAAAGCUGUCUAGCUGACAUACAACAGCUAGCACGCAACGAUCUUGACGAUUGUAAACUUAUACAAAACUCGGUAUACGCAAUAUUUAACAUUGGAAACGAAGAAAACAUGCUCAAACUAUUAUUGGAAAAUAUUCCAAAAGAACCUAAGAUUGAUCACAGCACGAUUGAUAGAAAACUGUUAACUAUUCAAGAAGCAAUAUGUCGUUACGCUUGCUACGCAAGAUUGCCCGUUCCCAUGUCGACUAUUCUUCCGUAUAUCAAGGGAGAUUAUGUACAUUUUUGUUUACCAAUGUUUAACAGGUAUUUGGCUAAUUUACCAAUGCCUCUGUGUCACGAAUUCAUUGGAAGCAUUUUAGAUGCUCCAUUAUCUGUGCAGAAACAUGGUAUCCGCUUAGCAUUCACAGCUUUUAGUGCGGAAAAUCUUAAGAAUCUUCUUCUUAACGUUUGGAAGAACACGAAGAACGUAUCUCUACGUAUGAUCAUUUACAAAUCUCUUUUUGAUAAAAUUAUUAAAUCUAAUGAAGAGACACAAAAUGAACUAUACGAUGUAAUACGAGAGUUGAAUUUAUCUCUUUAUGACGAAGAUCAUCGAGAAGUUUUUGACCUCUUAGUGUCUUAUGAAAUGCCUAAAAGGUUCAAAGGUGAUUAUUUAGAAUCCUCGUGGAUAUCAGUUAAACAAUUACCAAACAAAACAAAGAAUAUUUCGAUAAAAAAUAAAUUAUUAAAUGAAAUUGAAAACCACAUGGAUUGCAUGAAUCGGGAGUUUGUUUUGAAAGAAAUUGAAGACCAUAUAAAAAUAAUGCUGUUAGAAAGGGGAAUCGAAAAAAGUUAUACAGAUCUCGAAAACUCGUGUAACGACUGUCUUUGGAAUAUAGCUGCAAGAUACAUUGUCGCCAGUAAAACUGAUGAUGACUGUUCAAAAUCACUUCAAUUGCUAGAAAUUAUUUUACGUGAAUCCUAUAAACAGUGGAGUUUAGUUUCUAAUAAUCCUUAUGUUGUUAAUAAAAACUCAUUUAUUAUCAUAGACAAAGUAAAAGAAAAGUCUGAGCUUAGUGCCUACAAAUUUAGUAAGUACAAUGUACAGAUGUUCGAAACAAUUUUGAGUUGUGUUCUUGACCUCUCUCCUGAUAGGGAAAUUUAUAUGACAAUUAUGGAUUUGAGGAUUUUGAUCAUUAGUAAAAAAGUGAUAAGUCAGGAAAGUAAAGACCCAGACAUUAAUCGUGCAUCUAAAUAUGUAACGAAGGAGCUAGUUCUCUUUAUGAAUGACCUGAAAAACAAUAACAAUUGUUUUACUAUUUUUUACAAUAGCAUUGUAACAGUUAUUACGCAAACAUUUCAGAAAAUGUCUUCUUUGCUAAGAAUCAAUGGACAUUUAUUAUUGGCUUAUGUUUCUAAAGAGUUACUCAUGAUGGAAGGAACUGAUAACACGCUCUUAGCUCUCUCUAUAAUGCCUUUGAAUAUAUCCACUACUUUUGAUGAUGAACGGGCAGAGUUUAAGAAAUUUUGCUUAGAUUUUACAAAAAAGGUGAAAGAUAUACAUAUUUUUGAAAUCCAAAGCUUUUAUUACAACAAAUUUGUUUUGGAUAAUUUUGAAAAAAGAUUUGCAUGA